AUGAUAUUAUCCCUUUCUGAGAAGAGACGUCUGCUGAUAGUGUACGGCAUGCAGAAAGGAACUGUUCGCUUCCACAGUCCUGGCCGUGCCGACGUUGAUGCCAAAGCCGGCGACCUAAUCAUCGUCCCUAUUCGUCUGCCUCAUAGAUUCAGUAACCCUUUCGACGAAGAAGCUGUCUUUAUGAACACAGCUACACCGGGAUUCUUCGUGAGGUACUUCGAGUACCUUGAGUACUUGAUCGGCGAGGGGACGGUGCUUACGCCGGAAAUCAACAAGGCCGCGUUGAGAAGGUUUGCGACUGUGCCGGUAAGUAAGGAGGAGGUGGAAAGUUUGGAGAUAGAGGGGAUGGGGAAUGAGAGUGUAGCUGUGGCUGAGACUGAGACUGAGGGGGAGAAGUUCGUGGAUUUCUUGGCCGAAGAGAAAAGGGGUGAAUAG